AUGGAUGUUGGCGACACUCAAGAUGCUACUAACGYAACUUUUCCACUAGAUGAAAAAAUGGGUUUUUACCAGAGAGUAGCUAUUAUAGYAAUCAACCUUCUCCUUUCCCUCAUUGGAACAUUUGGAAAUUUCUUGAUCAUUAUUGCAGUUCUAAAGACACCUCAACUUCGACAAAAGCCGUCCAACAACCUUCUCCUAAGUUUAGCCGUAGCCGACAUGAUUGUGACUAUGGUUGCACAGCCAUUAUUUGCCACUUUUAUCUCCAUAAUAACGAUCCAUGAAAGCUGUAGCAUAUCGGUUAACGUAGCGUACUUAACCGCCACUUCGUUCUCUGGAUGUUGUUCGACCCUUCACCUUGCUGCCAUCAGUGUUGACCGAGCAAUAUCUACCGUUAAACCUCACCAACAUCGGGAUAUCUUAAGGAAAUGGAGCAAGGUUAUACUGGGCGUUUGUUGGGGAUCAGGCAUUACAUAUGGUAGUCUGUUUGUGAAAUUYCCAGAAGUGAAGAUAGUUUCCCAAGUGUCUUUGAUAUCAGGUUUUGCUAUCAUGAUUUGCUCAUAUGGGAUGAUCAUSUUCAAGAUUAAAGCACCCAAUUUUGUAACGACAGAGAUUGUCAAUGUUCGUGAGAGGGCUUUAGAAAAACGGGUUUCUGGGACUAUUGCUAUCGUUAUCUUACUAUAUGCAGUCUGCUGGUUCCCUAUAGUUGUGUACAAUCUGUAUGGACMCAAUUAUUCAAUGAUAUGCUCAUUUGAUGUGAAGCUUUCUUGGAUUCGCUCUCUACUGUUAGCAAAUUCUUCAAUGAAUUUCAUAGUGUACAGUUUACGAAUUCGACAUUUCCGCGCAGCUUAUGUGUUACUUGGCUACCUAAAAGCAUCUUCUACCACCGGUUCUAUAAAGAUUUGCGAUCAGACCGGCAAGAUUGCAAUGCAUGUUGGCACCACACAAACCGCAACGAAAGGCAAUUAUAAUUGCAUAGAAACCCUGCUGGAUUGGAAAGACUGUCUUAUUCAAGUCGACAAAUUUGAUGUGGUUAUUGAGUCUAUUCAAAGCUGUCUAUUCCAGACUAUUUCAGGAGAAAAGAGAACACGAAUUUAUAUUAGAACUUCAUUGGAUUGUAUUAAGAUGCUUUUACCGAAGAAGACUCCUUUCCAUGAAGCUACAACUGAAAAUAUCGGAAGAGAAUUGUAUAAAAAGGCGACUUCGAACGAGAAUAUAGAAUGUUCUACAGGUCCAGAGCAACAGGAAUCGCUGUCUAACUCAAAACAAGCCCUCGCUAGUGAACCCAGUGGAUCACGUGAUCAGGMAGUCACGUGUGAAAAACCUCUGAGCACGUGUGUAUUYACGUGUCAAUUACUUUUUCUGGUUCGACAUCGAGAAAACCUGCAGCUAAAAAAGAAACGUAAAGUCAUGUACGCAUGCGCMGUGGACGUCAAAGUUCUCGCCUAYUCGACCAAUAAGAUGCAAGRAGAAGAUGUCCCUAAUAAUGACUUGUCCCGUAUGGUGCUGAAGAACAAAAGUCUUGUACUWAGRCUUCAGUCCGAAGCUGUAGUGUUCCUUCCMUUUUUACAUGAUGGCUGCUUUUAUUUGUUGACAGAAUCAGCUGUCGAAGAAGGCAACUCAGUUGCCAUGAGUGCUUUAAAUAGCAACGUCAAAUCUGUUUUAAACGUCACUUCAUCGAUGGAUAUCACUUUGGCRCGUGUCACCAAAGAUGUCGUGACAGAAGAAUGUCAUGCUACUAGAGAGAGAAGCGAAAAGAGUGAUGUCCUUAAAGCUGUUGAUGAAGCUAGAGAGAAGUUUCRAUGUGACGAAGAAGACAAAAUGCAAAGUGUCGAAGASGUUUUAAGCAGGGCURUACACCCUGAUAAGGGAUCCAAGAGCGAAGUAAAGCAAGUAAACUUCCAAGGAAUAAUAGUCCGACGUGAAAUGCGCCAGUCAGACACUUGCGGUCARCUCUUACCYAACAAAAAUGUCGUUGUGCCUCGCUUUGGUGCUCUGGAACAAUSCCUUGUCAAUCAAAUGGAGCUAGGCUACGGCUACCUUGGAAACAAGACGCUGUUUCUUCGAGUGCAGGAUCUGUGUACUCCGAAUACUAUUGAUGUGUAUGUUGACUUGAGUACUGCGCCCUACAUUGACGGGUUAUUACCAGGCACCGUUGUAUGCUGUCGAAGGUUCCUUCGCAAGGUAUCUCGAAAUUCCAAUGUGUAUUGCUCAUUCGAGGCUUGCUCGUCACUCACCGUUCGGUCCUCAAGCUUCACUGAUCAAAUCUCACCACAACCRUCCACCUCRAACGUAAAUCCACAAAGCACUCUGCUUUCUGCCGUCCCGAAUCGGUUUCUAAUCGAUUUAGUAGAAGGCGAGUCGUCAGGUAACCGGAUUCACACAAUCUCAAGGUGCCGAUGCCGUGUGACGGCAAUACAAAAGGUGRUAAUGCGCUGGCAUUGCUCCAAAUGCAGUCAGGUGAUUGAACGAGAGGAAUGCCCGCGUGGAUGCCGRAGUGAGAUUSCUUUCAGAUUCUGUGCAGAAGCAAGGUGCCUGGUUGAGGACGGUACGUCUGAGGCUUUGGUCUAUCUCUCGGACGAUAUGGUAGCUGUUCUUCUAAGUUUACCCUCUCAAGAAUUAUCRCGAUUAAAAAGCUUUGCAUUGUCUCUUGGAGAGCUUGUUUAUCAGCGUCAUUCUUAUGGAUUUGAUGGYCAAAAUAAGAAUGACAAUGCCAAUCUUCUAUCAAAGCAGUAUGAAGCAAAUAGGAUUUUAACCGAGCGUUGUGUAUCACAGCAAGUUCGUCGAUCUGUUAUCCUAUACUGUAAGCCAGUGGGUAGUAUAGGUAGACGAACCGAUCGUACAGAUCAAGAGUAUGAUACUAGACCAAUAAUUAUCAACCAAACCGAGCACUCGACCUUCGUUCUGCCCAAGCUUCAAGUUAAAGUAAUUGAAAUGGCUGAAGUSGACUACCAAGAMGAGAUAAAGCGAAUGUUGUUGGCUGUAGACGAGCUAUGUAACGAUGAUAAGUAAAAUGUUUAAAAAGAAAUAAGUAGUGUUGAUGUAUCUAAGGAAUGCAUGGUGACAUGGUGCAUAAAGCCUUUUGACGAUAUUAUGUGCUUGCAUAUAUGCACAUUUCAUUAAUUCAUUUGUUUAUUUAUUCAUUUAUUAAUUGUCAUGUGGAUCUUCAUUAUCAUUGCCCACCAAUACGCCAAGAGAUUUCAAUAAAUCCUUUCUGAUUGGUUAGUCGAUUACAUUGGCCUGGGGGGUUCCCCUAAUUUGCAUUUUCGACCUUCACUCUCCUCAGUAGAGUCGCACUGUUUCAUCUUAGAAAUUUCUGUAAAAUUGUCUAGCAAAACUCAAUAAUUUGUACAAUAAUUCAUUUAUAUAUAUCAUGAAGUGGAACAAUUGCCUGCCUGUUUCCUAUGUGGUACUCUGGUUACAGAGGCUUCUCAGUCUCUCUCUCUUUUCUGGGUAAAAAUAUAUCUUUAUUGAGCWGCAGCGAAGAGCUCGAUGUCGCUGCUUCGACGGGAAUGCGACCAAGAAAACAUUUGUUUGCACUGUCAUCUUAAAAAAGUUAGACACAUAGGACAAAAUCAACAGCAGCAGUCAUGCCAGCCUCAAAUACAGUAGUGUUCAGCCUUUACAACAGCAAAUACAUAGGCAAAGGCCAAAUCAUCAGCAUGUUCAUCCUGUACUACCAGUAGUACAGAGACAGGCAAGAGUUCAGCAUCCAGCAGACCAAAUAGUAGUCCAAAAUCAAGAAGAAGAUGAUGAUGAGGAGGAGGAGGAGGAUGAAGUACAACCCCUAUUUGAUUGGCAACCGUAUAGGUAUGAUGACCCAUUCUCCAGUGACUGGCUAAAGGAUUUUGAAAGAAGAAAAGGAAAACAGCUUUCUCAACACUCAAGGUUUCAAAAAUGGAAAGACACAUCUGCUUCAGAAAUUAAAGCUUACAUAGCACUUCAGAUAGGCAUGGGUCUUUGUCAAAAGAAUGAAAUUGAAGAUUACUGGGGCAGCUUCUGGCUCACACGUCUUUGUUUUUCUGAUGCCUAAUGUCUAGAAACAGAUAUGAACUUAUAACAUCAUUUCUACAUUUCAAUAAUAAUGAAGGUGAAAGACCUGCUAGAGGGGAACCUGGCUUUGAUAACCUGUGGAAAGUGAGGCCCCUGAUGAAUAUUUGUGAUCCAACUCACCAAGCUGUUUAUGGCCCAGAUAAGUAUUUGUCUAUAGAUGAGAGCAUAAUCAAAUUCAAAGGGGGACUUCACUUCAAGCAGUACCUCCCAAAAAAGCCUUGCAAGUGGGGAAUAAAGCAAUUUGCUUUAUGUGAAAGCAAGUCUGGCUAUGCACUCAAAUUCAUUACCUAUUGUGGAAAAAACUAUAGACCUUGUACCUGGGUACACUUCAACAGAAAGUAUAUGUUUACAUCUGUUAGAAGGCUAUAAUGACUAUGGAUUUAUGAUGUUUACUGACAACUACUAUACUUCACCAUCACUUUACAAAGAACUUGAGGAAAGGGGAAUUGGUGCUUGUGGGACUGUAAAACCAGGAAGAAAACAUAUGCCAAAGGAAAUCCACCCCAAGGCCAAAACACCUAGUUAAAGAAGAUGAUCCAAUAUUCAUGCGUUCUAAAAAUAUGAUAGCAUGUGCUUGGCAUGAGUUCAUUUUUUAUCUACAAUACACACAAAUAACACUGUGGACAAACCAAUUAGAAGCAGACGAGCAGAGGGAGGUUAUAGACAGGUUGAAAAACCUAAGAUAGCUGAAACAUACAAUCAACAUAUGGAUGGGGUUGAUAUCCUUGACCAAAAGUUAGGAACAUAUUCAUUUCCCCAUAAAUCUUCAAAGUGGUAUUUUCCUGUAUAUCACAGGAUAUGUGAGGUAGCAAUGCUUACAUCAUCUACUCUAGUGUUAAGAAAAAAGAGGCAGCAUCUCCUCGAAAAUUCAGAGAGCUUGUUAUCAAUGGCCUACUUGACGGGUACCGCCUUCAAAACAGUAAACCUGGUCGAAAAUCAAAUGAUUUGCCUGCAAGACUUACUGAACGACACAAUAUAGGCCGGUUUGAAAACCCGAAAUACAAAUCGGACUGUAUUGUUUGCAGUAGCAGAGAAAAAGARGGGUGGUCAAGAAGGCAAACGAAUUACAAUUGCAAGCAGUGCCAACUUCCAAUGUGUUACCUGCCUUGUCAUGAGAUUUAUCAUACUUAUAAAGACUUUAGKGCCAGAGCAGCCCAAGUUAUUCAUAACUUAGAGUAAUUUUUAUUAGUUUCAAGUCAUUUUAAGUGAUGAAUCAUUCAUUGAUAUUUCUAAAUCUCUAAAUUCAGAUUUUGAUUUACUUACAUGGUAUAUUGAUGUACUUACAUGGUAUUGAAGAAAAAAUUUCAUUUUUUUUUUUUUUGAAAACUUUUGAAACUUGUAAAAAUCGAAUGAUCUUAAAAAUCUUUUUGAUGAUAAAAGUAAUUCCUUUUGCAAUAAGAAGUCUUUGCCGUUAAUGAUAAUGAUGUGAGAAACAUUUUGUGCCUGUUGCUCAGUUGGUUUUUGAGAAAUAAAUUUUUAAAAAG